UGUUUCAACCAUUAUUCAAAAUAAUGUGAGAGAAAUGAUAAAAUUUUGAAAGCAAAUUUCUGUCACUUUCCACUACUACUACUCAGAGCCGUCUGCUACUCUCUCUCUCUCUCUCUCUCCAUUUCUCACGUGGCCGCUUUGAACAAUUUCCCCACAGAUUUCCCACCCAUUUUCCCUCAAAUCCCUCUCUCAUGGAACUCUUGCCCUUCUCCGUCACUCCUCCACCGCCGCUCUGAAUCGUUUGCUUUCUGUCUUUCACCAUAAGGGCGGAAAGGAAGAGCUAAUCGAACAGACUUCCCUGAUAUUGGUCUGUUCGUUGAUUUAUUUUCGUCCCCAUUUUAUGUAUGCACUUCUCUUCCUGUAGCUCUUGGCGACUGGAACGGCGGCGGCGGCGGCGGCGGCUAUGCGAUCCCCUCAGUCCCUCCGCAACGGCGGAACGUCAUCGCCUCAUGCUCGAAUGCCUACUCCUCACCACCACCACCACUUCCACUCCACUGUCUCUGUUCAGAAACUCAAGCGCUUCAACUCUCUCAUCCUCGUUUUCCGUCUAUCUACCUUCUGCUUCUCCCUCGCCUCCGCUGUCUUCAUGAUUACUAACUCUCGCGGCUCUGGAUCCGAUUCCCCUCGCUGGUACGAUUUCGACGCCUUCAGGUACGUUUUCGCGGCGAACGCCAUAGUCGCAGUGUACUCACUGUUUGAAAUGAUCGCUUCCGUGUGGGAAAUCUCGAGAGAAGUGACUCUCUUCCCUGAGAUUUUACAAGUCUGGUUCGACUUUGGCCAUGACCAGGCGUUUGCAUACCUCCUCCUCUCUGCGGAUUCCGCAGGGACGGCUCUCGCGAUAACUCUGAGGGGAACCGACACGUGUAGGGUGACGACCGCAUUUUGCGUUCAAUCAACUAUCUCGAUUGCACUGGGAUUCGCCGGUUUCCUGUUUCUCGGGUUAUCUACGCUGCUUUCGGGUUUUCGGGUCGUCUGUUUCGUAAUCAACGGCUCUCGUUUUCAUUUCUAACCCUGAAACUCCGACAGCCGAAUAUUUUGAUGCGUCAUGUCGUUUUGAUUUGGCUAAUUACAUCUCACGGUCCUUCAUCUUUUGAUU